GCUAUAACAAAGUCGUUUAUAUAAAUAAAUACCUAUAUGGGUUUCUCGCGUUUUAUUUAAAGUUUUCUGAAAAAAUCACGUUAGUAUUGCUUUGUCGUCGCAUCUAAUAAGAACUACUGUCUGCAAUACAUAUUUCCUGUCAAAAUGUGGGAAUCGAUAUUAACAGUGAUAGUUACAACUAUCGUCAUUUGUGUCUCCUUCUAUCAUGUUGUCACAAAAAAUAAUGGUUAUUUCAAGGAACGAGGCGUCGUGUUUGUGAAACCAACAUUUUUCUUGGGAUCUCUUGCUUCUGCGAUAACCAAGAAAAAAAGUUACAUGGAAGUGUACAUUGAAAUCCUUAAAAAUCAUCCUGAACAAGGUUUUGUGGGAAUUUUCGACUUUCUAAAACCUCUCUACAUUUUGAAAGAUCCUGAACUCAUUAAACAGGUUUGCAUCAAAGACGGUGACAAUUUCCUCGAUCAUCGUUUCACAGUAGAUCCCUCUGUUGAACCAAUUGUCGGAAGAAAUCUCUUUGCCAUCAAAGGAAAUCGUUGGCGAAAAAUGCGAAAAGUUCUUUCGCCGGCAUUCAGUUUGGCAAAAAUGCGUUUUAUGUUCCAACUAAUUCGCGAAUGUGCUGAAAGAACCGUUGCUUAUGUAGAUUUGCACGAAAAUAGUUUUGAAUUUGAAGCAGUUGAUUUCUUGAGUCGUUUUUCAAAUGAUAUUAUUGCAACAACUGCCUUUGGAUUGGAAGUAAACUCGCUGAAAGAUCCCAAAAAUGAUUUUUACAAACAUGGAAGGAUAAUUUCUUGUUUGGCAACUGUUUUGUUCACGCUGAAAUUUAUUCUGUCAAAUACUUUGCCUUGGAUAAUGAAAUCGCUGAAAAUUACAAUUUUGGAUAAGGAAUCGGUAACGUUUUUCCGAAAUAUAAUUUUGAAAACUUUGCAUGAACGUGAAAAUACAAAAAUUUCGAGGCCUGAUUUGAUUCAUUUGCUGCUUGAGGCAAAAAAUAAAGGUCGAAUUUUAGAAGAAAAUGAAACGGAAGAAAUUUUUGAAAAAACUUCGAACUUAAUUGAUUGGACUGAGGAUGAUUUCGUUGCUCAGUGUCUUGUAUUUUUUAUGGCGGGAUUCGAAACGAGUAGCAUGACAAUGACAUUCAUGUCUUAUGAAUUAGCUCUCAAUAAAAACAUUCAAAAUCGUUUGCAUGAAGAAAUAAUAACAGCUUGGGAUAAUUUAGGAGAUCGUCAUCCAACGUAUGAAGACAUCAAUAAAUUAAAGUACUUAGAUAUGGUUUUAUCAGAAACUCUUCGAAAAUGGACUCCCGUUACAGGCGUUGAUCGAGUAUGCUCAUCUCCAUACGUUCUCGAAGAUUCCUCGGGACAAAGUGUAACACUGAAUGUUGGCGAUGCCGUUUUUAUUCCGCUUAUUGCACUCCAUCACGAUCCCAAUUUUUUUGCUGAACCUGAGAAAUUUGAUCCCGAAAGGUUUUCUGAUGAGAAUAAAGAUGCAAUUGUUUCAGGAGCAUAUUUACCGUUUGGUAUUGGGCCUCGUUAUUGUAUUGGAAAUCGUUUUGGAUCAAUGGAAAUUAAAACUUUCUUCUUUUAUAUGUUGCGAAAAUAUGAAAUUGACUUUGUGAAAGAAACAGAAAAUUCAAUUAAAGUUAAAUUGGGCUCUUUUAACGUUACACCCGCAAAUGAUUUGCAUUUGAAAUAUCGUUUAAGAAGAUAAAAUUACGAAAUUUAUUCGAUUUUUUUAAUAUAUAGUAAUAAAUCAUCUAUUAUUAUAAGUAGUUUUACAUUAGAUUUUGUUCACUUUUUUAUUUUGUAAGAUUUUUCAUUAGAAUUAUUGCACUAACUUGACCUUCAACUUGUUCUCAGGUCAGAAAUACGAAAUGGCUUAAUGCACAGUAGCUAGACGAUUUUUAUUGGUAAUAAAAUGCAUUUUUACGCAUCAC